GACAAGAUGCUGCGCACCCCUAAAUGCUCGCGGUGCCGGAACCAUGGCUUCCUGGUGGCAGUCAAGGGCCAUGCGGGCAACUGUCGUUGGAAGCAGUGCACUUGCGAGAAGUGCUACCUUAUCACUGAACGCCAGAAGAUCAUGGCCGCUCAAAAGAUGCUCAGGAAGCAGGCCUCGGACGAGGAUCAGGAACGAGCCCCCCGGGCCGAAGCCAUCGCCCCAGCUGCCAGCCUCCGUCCACCUCCUCCGCCUGCCAGUUCGGGAGACGCGGAGCCGGGCCCUGAGGACCGUGCGGCCACCUACGUGCUGGAAAGACCACCGCGCGGCCCAAGUCCUGGCCCCAGCGCCUUCCAGCCAGUUCCAGCCGGCGGCGGCCACACGGGUGCAAGCGAAGAAGCUGCUGUGGCCGUUCCCAGUUUUGCGGGGCCCCAGCUCGGGGCGGAGGCCGCAGGCACGGGAAGUUCCGGCCACAUGGAGAUGCGUAGGCCCCUGCGGCCCAUUCCCAGCUCGCCAUUCGCCUUCGGGCUCUCUUUGAACAUCAACUCGGAUUCUGUGGUGGGGUCUGAGUACCUGGAGAGAGAUCCUUCCAAGCUGUAUCCCAGCUGCUCCAGCGUGCACCCCUAUCGCCCAUUCCCUUUGGGCUACCAGGAUGUAUCCCCAGGCCUGGGGAUCCCCCUGCAGCAGGGCUUCCGGCAUGUGUCCUACAGCCACUACCAUGGAGGAGGCUCGGUAUCAGAGCCAGGGGAAGACUUCCAGCCAAACUACGCCCCACCGCCAGCUCUGCUGCCGCCGCCGCCGCCCCUGCUGCCGCCGCCGCCACUGUCACCACAGCCCCAGUUCCUCCCACCAGGCUUCCUCUCUGCGAUCCAUUUUCUACCUCCGCUGCCACCGCCGCCACCACCUGCACCUUUCUCACUGGUCAUCCAUUCUGAUACGGACCAGGAGACCACUGAUGACCAGGAUGCAGAGGUGCCACAGGAGCCCAACCAGCCAUCGUCUCAGGAGCAGUCCGACUAG